AUGGAAGCAUUUGCAUAUACAGAAGUAAUUGCCUUUGAUACACAAGCUUAUUCCAUAGGAUCAGUGCUAUAUUUGACUACUGAACUUGAUUAUACUCAGCAUGGCAAAGACUCUAAAAAAAAUAGGGAACUAAGCUUGCAUGCCAAAUGGAUAGUUGAGAUCAAUGAUCAAGCUGGUGUUACAAUAAGAAACACCUAUCAAAGCUUAGCAACUGCUGUUGGUGGUUAUGAUAAAUUAACUUUUACUCAAAAAGAUCUUCGGAAUCAUAUAGCAAGAAGUGCUAGAGUGUUAGAAGAAGAAGGGGAUGCGCAAUCAUUAAUGCAAUAUUUUCAUAGGAUGCAAGAACAAAAUCGCAACUUCUUUUACGAAGUUAAAUUGGACGAGCAACAUCACAUAAAGCAUGCUUUUUGGGCUGAUGUUAGAUGUUGUGCUACUUAUGAGUACUUUGGCAACGUUGUGAGUUUUGAUACGAUGUACCUAACAAAUAGGUAUGAUAUACCUUUUUGCACAUUUGUUGGGGUUAACCACCAUAGCCAAUCAUUGCUACUUGGUUGCGCUCUUCUUUCAUGCGAAGAAGAGAAUUCCUUUGUUUGGUUAUUUGAUUGUUGGAUACAAUGUAUGGGUGGCAAGCCACCUAUUGGCAUAUUGACGGAUCAAUGCAAAGUUAUGCGAAAUGUCAUUGAAAAAUGGUCUAAGAAAACAUUUGAGAGCUCUUGGACUGAUUUUAUCAACAGAUUCAGUUUGCAUAAUAAUAAUUGGUUAGCAGAAUAUGAAUUGGAUGCUGCUAGCUUCAAUACCAUUAUACCUUGUGCUAUUGCCUCUAGUAUUGAAAAACAGUUUCAAAAGAAAUAUACUCAUGCAAAGUUUAAUGAGCUUCAAAAAGAGUUUAGAGCAAAGGCUAAUCGCUUUUCAACAAAAGAGCAUGAAGAGGAAUAUAUUGUUACUUACAAAGUUAUAGAAGAGAUUGAGAAUGGUGAUAAGAUGUUUGAUGUUACUUACAAGGUGUCGUUUGAUUCUUCAACUUCAGAUGUUUCUUGCCAAUGCCAUCUUUUUGAGUCAAAGAGAAUUUUAUGCCGCCAUACUCUUUCAGUCCUUGAUCUUAAAAGAGUGAAAAAAUUGCCAAAUAAAUACAUUCUUGAUCGGUGGAAGAAAACUUUAAAGCACAAGCACAUCACCGCAUCCGAGGAGCUCACCGAUACCAUACAUCAUAUACUAGACUCAAUUUGGGUUAUAUUAGUGGAACUAAAGGCCUCUUCAAUGGAUACUGUAGAUAAUCAAAAUUUGAAUGAGGUAGAUGAAAGUGCAAAUGAUUUAGAGAUUCACAAACCUCGACAAAUAUCACGAAAAGGUUAUAGGUAUACGAAAAAGCUUCAAUCUACUAUAGAAAAAAUUGUUAAACAAGAAAGGAAGAAGCAUCGUAAAAGAGAGAUUACAGUUAUACCAAAACCGCCACAAAAUGAUAAACAAUUGGCAACCCUCCUCUUAUCUGCCGCAUCAACCUCCGCAAUAUUUUAUUUGGCGGCGAUUUUUGGUAACCACCGCCAAAAAACCACCGCAAUCUGCCUUUUCUGUGUCAGAGCGGUGGAGCCAACAAGGGGAUUGGGUGACAGCAAGCCGAAUGAUGUUGAAGAACAUUCGGGACUGGAUAACUUGAUUGCUCAUGUAGAGGAAAGAAUAGUAAACCUAAAGAAGCUGCUGAACAAAAAGAGUAGAGAAGCAGAGUUGAAGAAGAAGAAUAGAGAAGCAGCUGCAAGAGAGAAGGAGGCUUCAUCAACAAAGUCCAAUGAUUAG